AUGUCGCCUCAGGGGGUGAAGCUGCAGAUUCAAGAUCGCCAUGUGGUGAUCGAUAACGGCAUCCUUCAAGUUACCCUAUCAAAUCCCGAGGGUAUCGUCACUGGGAUCAGUUACAACGGCAUCAAUAAUUUGCUCGCAGAUGAAAGCAGUAGAAGCAAGGACAAACAGAAGGGAGGUUACUGGGAUGUUAAUUGGGAUUCAGUUGAUGGAAGCAAAAAAGGAGGUUUGGAAGUGAUUAGUGGAACAAAGUUUGAAGUAAUAAUGAAAACAGAGGAACAAGUAGAGGUGUCAUUCUCAAGACCAUGGGAACCCUCCCUUCCGGGCGAUAUUUUUGUCCCCCUAAAUAUAGACAAAAGGUUUAUAGUGCUUCGCGGUUCCUCGGGCUUCUACUCUUACGCCAUUUAUGAACAUUUAGGUUCGCCAGAAUGGCCAGCUUUCAGCCUUAGUCAGACCAGGAUUGCAUUCAAGCUCAGAGAAGAAAAGUUUCACUACAUGGCUGUGGCAGAUAAUAGGCGAAGAUUUAUGCCGCUGCCAGAAGACAGGGAUGCCAAAAAUUGCCAACGCCUGGCAUAUGAUGAAGCAGUCCUCCUUGUAAAUCCUAUAGAGCCUGAGUUUAAAGGAGAGGUGGAUGACAAGUACCAGUACUCCUGCGAGAACAAAGAUCUCCGUGUCCAUGGUUGGAUAUCUACGGAAUCUCCUCUCGUGGGCUUCUGGCAAAUUACGCCCAGCGAUGAGUUCCGGUCGGGUGGGCCCCUCAAACAAAACCUUUCCUCCCAUGUUGGUCCUACUUGUCUUGCUAUGUUUACCAGUCUUCAUUAUGCUGGGUAUGAUCUCGGGCCGAAAAUUGGACAGGGCGAGGCAUGGAAGAAAGUUUUCGGUCCCGUUUUCAUAUAUCUAAACUCUGUGGUGGGUGGAGAAUCAAGAGAUGAUACCCUUACGCUCUGGGAGGAUGCCAAAAGACAGAUGAUGGCCGAAGUCCAAAGCUGGCCCUAUUCUUUUCCAGCAUCCAAGGAUUUUCCAUCAUCGGAUCAACGUGGAAAUGUUAAUGGUAGAUUACUCGUACGAGACAGAUUCAUAAGCAAGGAUUAUAUAUCAGCAAAGGGUGCCUAUGUGGGGUUGGCCCCUCCUGGGGAUGUUGGAUCAUGGCAGAGAGAAUCCAAGGGCUACCAAUUCUGGACGAGAGCAGAUGAGAAUGGCAAUUUUUCCAUCAACCAUGUAUGUACCGGUGACUACAAUCUUUACGCAUGGGUUCCUGGAUUUAUCGGAGAUUAUCGAAAUGAUGUUCCUGUUACCAUAACACCAGGUUGUUACAUCCACUUGGGUCAUCUUGUAUAUGAGCCUCCUAGAGAUGGACCCACGUUGUGGGAAAUUGGCAUUCCCGAUCGCUCUGCUGCAGAAUUUUACAUACCCGAUCCAGAUCCAAAGUAUAUUAACAGGAUUCCUGACAGGUUUAGGCAGUAUGGAUUGUGGGAGAGAUAUGCGGAGCUAUACCCUAAAGAGGAUUUGGUCUACACUGUCGGUGUUAGUGAUUAUACAAAACACUGGUUCUUUGCUCAGGUCACUAGGAGGAAAAAUGACAACACGCUUCAAGGAACCACAUGGCAGAUCAGGUUCAAACUCGACAGGGUGGAUGAAACCGGAACCUACAAAUUAAAAGUGGCACUAGCAUCUGCAAAUCAAGGCGAAUUGCAGGUUCGUGUUAACGAUCCAAACACAAAGCGACCUCUGUUUUCAAGCGGACUAAUUGGGAGGGACAACGCAGUGUUUAGACACGGCAUCCACGGACUAUAUUGGCUGUUUAAUGUGGAGAUUCCAAAUGCUGUAUUGGCGAAGGGGGAGAAUACGAUUUAUUUGACACAGGCAAGGGGACAAUCACCUUGGCGGUAUCUCAUGUACGACUACAUUCACUUGGAAGGUCCCCUGACCAUGGUUCAUAAGGCCACAAUAUGAGUUACCUUUCGACAUAAUAUAGCUGUUUCACGUUGUUUUCGGUUUUGCUUUAAUGCUUUAUACAGACAUACAGUAAUAUAGUUGUUCCAAAACAGUGUUAUUACCAGUUUUAGUAUUGAAAUUACACGUCUAUAUAUGUUCUCUCGGUGUUUUUUGUUCAGGGGGCCAUAG